GUUGGAUUCGAUACUACCCUUGCUGGUUUUACACUUUAAAAACAGUUUAAAAUCCAUAAAUAUAUUUUCUUUUAUUAUUUUUAUUUGUGUACUCGUAUUAGCGCCGUCAAUGAGGAGCCCCAAUAAAGAUAACGGCGCCUCGCCUCAGGACCUGGCUAGCCGUACGUGUGCAUUAUACUGGAGAUAAAGACAGCCCAGAAGCGCCUGCACUAUCUGUGUAAUGUAUGUAAAAAAAAAAGUCUUAAGAGAAUAACCUCCCCGUCCCACGCCGAGCGGCGGCUUGUGUGUGCGCGCCUUUCUGGUAUUGAAGACUCGAGGAUUUGCCUGGGCUGCGCUGCACGGAUUAAUCUCCCGUCUCUCCUCUAUUCUAAUAGACAGAUUGAUGGGAGCGAAUCUCUUGAUGCCCGUGUCACAGUCAAUGGGGAGAAGAAUGCGUCGCAUUUCUCUUAUUGUUGGGAUGAAGUCUCCGGGACUGUCUCACACACGUACUGUUCUCUCUCCUAGAAUGUAUAAGAGCUAGAGGUGCACGCGGCUCGCAAGAGAAAGGACAUGGUGCGUCUUUUUAUAAGGACUUGGAGACGCUAUAAGGACUUCCCGUAACAUUCUGUGGCAGCUUCUAAAAAAACCCCAAACGAGUUACUGGAUUCGAGUUUAAGCGACGCUGUUAUUUUAAAGUAUUCUAAUAUAUAUUUUAGUAUAUUUUGAUUAUUUUCUUUUGGUUGGUUUUGGAAAGACUUAAACCUAAAAACCCAAACCUGACAUUGGAGUCUUGCUUUUGAAGCGUUUUUGUGUGUGUGUCCAGCGCAUGCCUCUGGCCUCUGUUAAUUUAAUGUUAUGUCUGUGAAAUUGAUUUGAGUAUGACAGCAGUGUAGCCUUUUUUUUUUUAGUUCUGACACAACACACAAGUAUAUCUUUGUAUUAUUAAAGUUGCUUAUUUUAUCGAGGUUUGUGAGGCGAAUCUUUAGCCAACAUGCGAUCUUUCACGUUAAUGCUGGGAUUGAAGACGCUGUGGGUUUUGGUGUUUUCCUCUCUUUCCAAUACUUUGGCAGUCAACAACAGCGGACGAUGGUGGGGGAUCGUGAACGUGGCCUCCUCUAACCUGCUCACAGACUCCAAGAACGUGCAGCUGGUCCUGGACCCGAGCCUGCAGCUGCUGAGCCGGAAGCAGAGGAAGCUGAUCCGGCAGAACCCGGGCAUCCUGCACUCCAUCAGCAGCGGCCUGCAGAGCGCCAUCAAGGAGUGCAAAUGGCAGUUCCGUAAGCGGCGCUGGAACUGCCCGACCGCGCAGAGCCCCAACGUCUUCGGGAAGAUCGUCAACAGAGGCUGCAGGGAAACAGCGUUCAUCUUUGCCAUGACCAGCGCCGGUGUGACGCACUCCGUGGCCCGCUCGUGUUCCGAAGGCUCCAUCGAUUCUUGCACCUGCGAUUACCGGCGGCGCGGGCCCGGUGGGGCGGAUUGGCACUGGGGCGGCUGCAGCGACAACAUCGACUUUGGGAGAGUGUUCGGAAGGGAGUUUGUGGAUUCCAGCGAGAGAGGGAGGGACCUGCGCUACCUCACCAACCUGCACAACAACGAGGCCGGGAGAAUGACGGUGUUUUCGGAGAUGCGGCAGGAGUGCAAGUGUCACGGGAUGUCCGGCUCGUGCACGGUCAAGACCUGCUGGAUGCGGCUGCCCACCUUCCGCACCGUGGGGGACUUCCUGAAGGACCGCUUCGACGGGGCGUCCCGGGUCAUCUACGGCAACAAGGGGAGCAACCGGGCCUCCAGGGCAGACAUGAGGCACCUGGAACCUGAAAACCCAGCCCACAAACCCCCCUCCCCAAGGGACCUGGUCUACUUUGAGAAGUCACCCAACUUCUGCACCUACAGCGGGAAAACAGGCACCAUCGGGACGUCAGGGCGCUUCUGCAACAGCUCCUCGCCAGCUCUGGAUGGGUGUGAGCUGCUGUGCUGUGGCCGUGGCUACAGGACCAGGACUGAGAGAGUCACUGAGAGAUGUAACUGCACUUUCCACUGGUGCUGUCACGUCAGUUGCUUGAACUGCACCAACACGCAGGUCCUGCACGAAUGUCUAUAGAAACCAAACAAGCCAAAUAUCCAAAGCUUUAAAAAAAAAACACCGAACGGUAGCAGCAGUCAUGGUUUCGCUGUUACUUAUUUUGAAGCUCGCUACCUUCCUUCUUGUGUUGUAGGUAAUAGGACACCGCCUAUAUUCUGAAACAAACUAGCUGGGGUGAGAUGGGUUAACACAGGAAGGGAAAUUAUAGUGUUGUGCAAAAUGGGUUUCUGAAACAGAAAGAUGUCUAUGCUGAUAAAUGUGUUUUUAUUACUGAAUCUUACAUAGAAAUGAGUGCAGAUAAAACCAAAAAUGAUACUGGUGCAAACGCAUACACACAUAUCCACACACACUCAGAGGGUCAGAUUUACAGAGCUUUUGCUCCUGUGUAGAAUUUAGCUUCAAGGAGUGCAAAGGUUUUAAGAAGCAUGUCUUACCUCUUGUUAGCACUAGUAAUAUUUGAUUGCUCCCUUAUUUUGGUUUUAUUGCUUGUAUUUGAUACUUCAGUUUGGAAGAGGCAGAUAUUGAAAAGUUAGAGCUGCUUCCAGCUACAUAAUCAAAGUCACUCCAAUGGUGUAGCGGCCGUCAUGUGAGCUACAGCAAAGGUACCCGGAUGCACCUUGGAUUUGAUAUAUUUGUAUAUUGCAACGUAAAGUGAAUGACCAAAAGAUUCUCAGCACAAUAAAAAGGGAUGCGGUAAUAAUGUUACUAAGUCAUCAUUUACCAUCAUGAUUGAUGUGAACUUUUUGAUGAUACAAAAUGAUACAAAAACUUUACCUUUGAUUUCUGUUUUAAAACAAAAAAUAUAGUAGCUAAUCAGAGAAGUAACGCUUUUGAAAAUCUACCCCUCAACAGACAAACAUUUUGGUCGGUGCCUUCGGCAACUUGGUCUCUUAUAUUUCUACCUCAGAAUUCAUGAUUUUUAUUGGCUCACUGUCAUGACUGGAGGUUUUUUUUAUAAUUAUAACAACUCUUUCAGACUCGAAUCUCCUGGAUCUACAUGGGAAUACUUCAGUGAAUAGAUUUGUAAUAUGAUUUGUUACGACCAUUCUCUCUCUCUCUCUCUCUCUCUCUCUCUCUCUCGUCUGUAAAUAAUGUGCACUGAAAUAUUAAUGGGAAUUUCAUUUCUGUAAAUACAAAUAUUUAUUAUGAAUUUUUAUACUCAAAUAGAGUGGACCAGGGGUAUUAAAAUUAGUUUGUUUAAGACUGUUGUCUUGUUAUGGUGUCCUUUUAUAGUGUUAUAGAACAAUAAAAUCUAUAUUUUC